AUGAGAAUUCAACAAGAAGAAAAAGAACAUUCUACAAUGCCAACACCACAGAGUGAGCUUCAAUCUCAACAUGAUGUGCUUGAAGAAAUGUCUUCAGAUGAUAGUAUGAAGAGUUUAGAAGAUUCAGAUGAUAGUUAUAUUCCUCCAAAAGGUAUACAUUUGGAACAGGAACAACAGAGAAAUAUCACCUUACGUCCUCGUCGUCAUAAUAAGUUAGAAGCUAAUUUCACAGAGUUGGAAAUACCUAACACUUAUGUAGAAGCAAUGAAUAGCCCAAAUUCUCAACAAUGGAAGAAAGCUGUGGUUGAAGAGCUUCAGUCACACGAAGAAAAUCAAACUUGGCCCGAAAAUCUUGGUUCGUCCUCAGCAAAUCUAGGUUACAAAUCAAGAUCUGGUUAA